AUGAUUAAAUUAUGUUUAACGAAUUCAAAUAAUACAUCAUCAUCAUCAUCAUCAUUUAAUGAAUCAUUAGAACAAAUUUUAAAUAUAACACCAACAAUACCAUUAACUAUAAUGAAUAUUAUCGGUCAACAACAACAUAUGUCGAUAGAAUUAAUACGUCUUAAUUGGUGUUUAGCAUCUGAGCGAAAACAAAAUUCAUUUAAAACAAAUUUAAAAAAUGAUUUUAUUAUUAUACAUCAGACAUUUAAACAAGAAAAUUUCAAUCCAAAUGAUACCUCUAUUAUAAAUGAUGAUAAUGAAGAAGAUGAUGAAAAUUAA